GCUGAGCGUCGUCGACGUCGUGUCCGUACGGGUGAAUCCAGCAGCUCGCUCUGCUAGUUUUGUUGCGUACACUUGGACUUGGAUGCACAACCUUGACCAGACUUUUUUCUAAUGUGUUAUGGAUGAUAUACACCAGUGAAUUUUUGGGGGACGACACGUUGUGUACCAUCCAACGGGUUUUCUAUCCGUUUAUGCGGAUGUAAAUAUCUAAAGAAGAGAUGAGGAGGAUUUGGAUUGACUGUCUAGUGACUUAAAACUAAAGAUCGUCCUCGUCAGCCAUGCUCAUCAAAGAGUACCGCAUCCCUCUACCUCUCACCGUAGAAGAAUACCGAAUAGCACAGCUUUAUAUGAUAGCAAAAAAAAGUCGCGAAGAGAGUAGUGGAGCUGGUAGUGGUGUAGAAAUUUUGAUAAACGAACCUUACACACAUGGGCCUGGCGGACAAGGACAAUACACGAAAAAAAUAUAUCAUGUGGGAAGCCAUUUACCAGGAUGGAUUAAAGGUAUUCUUCCAAAAACAGCUCUUAUGGUUGAAGAAGAAGCCUGGAAUGCCUACCCAUAUACCAAAACGAGAUAUACUUGCCCAUUUGUAGAAAAAUUUUCCUUAGAAAUAGAGACAUACUACUAUCCAGAUAAUGGACACCAAGAAAAUGUAUUCCAGCUGUCGGGCAGUGACUUGAGGAACAGAAUUGUUGAUGUAAUAGACGUGGUGAAGGACCAAUUAUACGGUGCCGAUUACGUAAAAGAAGAAGAUCCAUUGUAUUAUGUAUCCGAGAAGUCCGGGCGAGGUCCCUUGUCUCCAAAUUGGCUGGAAGAAUAUUGGGACGCCGUUAAGGGAAAACAACAGCCAUUACCUAAUGGAAAGUCGCUUAUGUGCGCCUAUAAGUUAUGUAAAGUAGAAUUCCGCUAUUGGGGGAUGCAAACUAAAAUAGAACGGUUUAUCCAUGACACAGCUCUGCGGAAGACCAUGGUUAGAGCUCACCGACAAGCCUGGGCUUGGCAAGACGAAUGGCAUGGGCUGACUAUGGAGAAUAUUCGAGAAAUUGAAAGGCAGACACAAUUGGCGCUUAAACGGAAAAUGGGGCAAUUAGAAGAUGAAAUAGACGAAGAUGAUAAUCUGGGCAAUAGUACAUCAAAAGAGGAUCAUGGUAGAACUUUAGCGGCCACUCUUGGAAGUAUAGAAGUAACAGAGGAUAGUCCAUUGCUAACCAAAUGCUCUAAUGUUCCUACCAUAAAAACGGCUGGCAGUUCAGAUAAUGAUCUUUCCCCAGAGGAUGAUGUAAUCACUGUGAAGAGGGAUGAUAAAUGGCAACAGUCUCGAGCUUUACACUCUCCUAGUUCUGCGUCGAUAAAAAGUUUUGAUCUUCAAGUUGCGAACUGGCGGAUAAAGAGUUUGGGGAGGGAUUCUGGAUCAUCGUCAGAUGAAGAAUUCUUCGAUUGUGAAGAUAUGGCGGAAUCAUCAUCAUUGGCCAAAUGGAGUUCUUUGGAACUUUUAACUGAAGAAGAUCAAGAUACAUCUUCACCUACAAACGCUAUUGCAGAUAACCAAGCAGAUGAUAGCAUAUUCUCACCAACUUAUCUUCAAAGAGUGGCUAGUGAGAGAGGUAACAGAAGAGCAAUGUUAAGAGGAAAAAUCAAUUCUCUGGAAGUUCCUUGUCCUGAAUCGCCAUCUGCUUCGCCACAUAAUCCUUGUAACACAACAGUAUUAAUAUUAGUCCUCCAUGCUGGUAGUGUUUUAGAUGCCAAUGUCGAUUUAGCGGCAAAGAAAUCAGACAUUACUACCCUCAAAGGCGCGUUUGAAUCGGUAAUGCGUCAACAUUAUCCUUCCUUAAUAGGACAUAUUGCCAUAAGGCUAGUGUCUUGCCCUUCCAUUUGCACCGAAGGCUUGGGAAUAUUAUCGAGCCUCAGCCCUUACAGUUUUGAUGUGUCGCCAUCUUGUACAGACGUUCCUCAAAUAACUCACGACUCUAUUCCUAUUGGUGCUAUUCCUAUUUUGGCUUCCUCGACGUCAGAAUAUGUAGAAGCUGUUUCCAGGACAAUCAAUGCAGCGAACGCUGCAUACCUAGAAUUUAUUAAGUCUGAAGAAGGCCAAGGAUUCUCUGGCCAAGUUUGCUUCGUAGCUGAUUCGAUAGGUUCUAUAUUAGCUUACGAUUCGUUGUGUAGAACUGCCAAGUAUGUUUCAAGACAUGGAAGCGAAAAUAGUAUACUUGAAAGCGAUUUCCAAAAAUUAGAUGAUGUACAUAUAAAUGAAACUGGCCACCUGACUGCCCCGUCACCAAGAAGAAGAUCGUCUUCAACUAGCGAUCAAAGUCAUAUAAAGUUAGACUUUGAAGUAUCUGACGUUUUUAUGUUCGGCAGUCCCCUAGCUUUAGUUUUGGCUUACAGAAAAAUUUCCUCGCAGGAUGAUAAAACCAACAAUAUAACCCGUCCAACAUGUCUUCAAGUAUAUAAUUUGUUCCAUCCAACUGAUCCCGUAGCGGCCAGACUUGAACCCCUUCUGUCUGCCCGAUUUUCCAUACUUCCUCCUGUGAAUAUUUCACGAUACGCGAAAUAUCCAUUGGGAAACGGACAGCCUUAUCAUUUAGUGGAAAUUCUUCAGUCUAACCCACAAAUAUUUAGCGAUAACAUGCAACCUCGACGUUUGUCGGAAGUCUCUAUUCAAAGUACUGUGUCCGGACUAAUCGAUAACAUUCCUCUCCAAGCUAUUAGUGCUUUGCAACAAAAAUGGUGGGGAGGAAAACGAAUGGAUUACGCUCUCUAUUGCCCGGAAGGACUUUCAAACUUUCCAACAAACGCUCUACCUCAUUUAUUCCACGCAAGUUAUUGGGAAAGUUGUGAUGUUAUAGCUUUUAUUUUAAGACAAAUUGGAGGUAUAGAAGUAACUUCCCUGCCAGGUGAUAAUAACAUGGAACAGAUGUUCCGACCGGGACAACCGAGAGAGAAGUGGAUACGAAAAAGAACAUCCGUUAAACUAAAGAAUGUUACUGCCAAUCACAGAGCAAACGAUGUCAUCGUUCGCGAGAAUGCGCCACAGGUAUUAACCGCUAGGUUUAUGUAUGGGCCUUUGGACAUGAUAACUUUAACGGGAGAAAAGGUUGACAUUCACGUAAUGAAAGAUGCUCCUUUGGGUGAAUGGACACAUUUAUCUACUGAAGUUACCGAUAAAGCGGGAAGAAUAACGUUUUGUAUUCCCGAAGAAAAGGCUCUGACCUACGGACUUUAUCCCAUUAAGAUGGUGGUAAGAGGGGAUCAUACUGCCGUAGAUUUCUUUUUGGCUGUGGUUCCCCCCAAAACUGAAUGCAUCGUGUUCAGUAUAGACGGUUCGUUUACGGCUAGUGUUUCUGUCACUGGACGUGACCCAAAAGUUCGAGCCGGAGCUGUCGAUGUUGUAAGACAUUGGCAGGAACUGGGAUACCUGAUUAUCUAUAUAACUGGAAGACCAGAUAUGCAACAUAGAAGAGUUGUGUCCUGGUUAUCCCAACACAACUUCCCACAUGGAUUAAUAUCGUUCGCUGAUGGUCUCUCAACUGAUCCACUUGGACACAAAGCUGCAUAUCUCAAUAAUUUAGUAGAGAAUCACGGUGUGGUUAUACAUUCCGCGUAUGGCAGUGCGAAGGAUAUAAGCGUCUAUACAUCUGUCGGCUUGAAGCAAAAGCAGAUCUUCAUUAUUGGAAAAGCUACAAAGAAGCAACAAUCUCAAGCGACUAUUUUGAUGGAGGGAUAUGCAGCACAUUUAUCGAUUUUGAUGGCUCAUGGGGGCUCUCGUCCCGCCCAAGGGAACGCCAGAAUGGUCAUACCAAGGGGUCAUUUUGGCCUUCCGGGGCAAGCAUUUUGUAGGAGAAGGAGCCGUUCUGCGAAGAGGGCCACAUCAUAUCCGAUAGCAAGUGAACUGUCCGCACCAAUAGAAAGAUCGCUGAGUACUCGUCGUUACCAAUUGCCAAAGCCCACGCUCUCUAUUUCCCCAAUAGGAAAACAAAGUCCAAGUUAAAUUGCGAGACAGUUCAAGGAAACUGCUCAUUUCGAUUUUUGAAAAAUUCAACCAAAGUUGACUGCACUUGAAUAGAACAUGUUCUGGACUUUAAAAUGAUCUUGAAAUUAAUCAAAUGUCGGUAAAAGAGUAAAAUUAAAUUAAAUUAAAAAUUAAAAAAACAGCGAAUGUUUCAUUUCGGUUCAGAGGUGAUUUAUCAUUCCCAUACGUCCGUUUCAGUAUCUCCAGACGUCUUCAAUGGGGUUACAUGAACACCUCUGCAUCGAAAGGAAACCAAGCUGCCUACUUAAUAUAGGACGCUCUGGCGGUAGCGACAUCUAUUGCAGAGAAAUGAGAAGUCCCAGAUCUAAACAAUAAAUUUGAAAAUUCUCUUGGAACCACUUUCUGGUAACAUCCUUAAUCUCUGCCUUUUACAAUUUAUAAUUAAAUGCCUUUUACAAUUUGAAGUUUUUGAAGUCUUGUUUUGUAGAGGCAGCCAUCUUGUUUGGGGCGAAAAGUUACGACCGGCCUGGCUCAAUGAAAAAUCUUUCUGGUAAUCAAAAUGACUAAAAGCCCUAUUGUAUGACUAAGGGCCGGUUGUUCGAAACCUAGUCAACAAUGAUCAUUAUCAAAUAUUUAAUUACUGUCACCAACUGUCAAUAUCAACUUUGUUUGGGUUGCUGAAAACAUAAUAUGAAAUUACUUAAUCAAUUAUGUUAAUUGUUAUGUUAAUUGAUUAACUAAUCUCAUAAUUUUAAUCAAUUAUGUUUUCAGCAACCCAAUAAAAGUUGACAUUGACAGUUUUGGUGACAGUAAUUAAAUAUUUGAUAGUGAUCAUUGUUGAUUAGCGUUCGAACAACCGGCCCUAAAGUCGCGUUUACAUGAUGGCAAUUGGCGAGACAAUUGUCAGAAGACAACUGACUGGCAUGAAAUUAUUGUCUUUUUUUAAACACUUCAGGCCAAUUGCCUUGCCAACUGCCCUCACAAUUGGCCCAAAAUUCAGUUGUCUCCGGGAGUAGACUGAGGACAAUGAGCUGCGCCCAAUGAGCCCCCCACCACUCGAAAUCUCAAUUUUCGCGACAAUUGGCGCCGUGUGAACGGUGUAGGACAGUAGUGCUGUCUUGUUUUUUGCCAAUUUCCUCUAGAUGACGAGCAGUCGGCCAUGUUUUAGCUGUCUACUGCCAUGGCAAUAGUUGGCCCCGUGUAAACAUCUUCUCUUCCAACUGGACUGGCCUCCGACAAUCCGCAACCACGUGAUGACAAUUGUCCAAUGACAAUUGUCUCGCCAAUUGCCAUCGUGUAAACGCUACUUUUGGGUUAGAAAUAUUAGACGAAUUAAAUAGGUCAAAUAAAUUGUCAAAUCUUUGAAUAAUCUCAGUAGUUCCAAUAGCUUCAGGAGGCUACAAUGUACCUACAAGUUUAAACCAGCAGCAACUGUGCUACUACGCACCUGAAUUGCUAGUUUAACCUUCAAAUUACUUAAGAUUGAAAGUGUGCACGUCGGUUUGCAGAAGCGCAGUGAGUUCUGCGACUUUGCGCCCCAAUCUGUCUGCGCGGAAAAAAUGCGUGACUUUAUCAAGGUCGCAGAGUAUCAUUACUGUUUGUUUUUUAAUACUGUGUCUGAAUACAGUAACAUACAGUUCUGUGUUUAUUAUAGCAGACUUUAAAACAUUCCGAGCAUAUAAAAAUAUUGGUACUAUUCCAGUGUAAUGGUGACACUUCAAAUGGAUGCUAAAUUAUGAAAUUAAUAAUGAAUGAAAUGAAAGUUAGAUAUUAUUUUAAUAUUACAUAACAAGAUCAUUUUAAUCCAGAAACGCAAGUUUUGUGUGUUUCUUCCGAGUUAUAUAUAGAACUAUAUAUAUUGUUAGAAAAAUUUAGUAUUGUUAGAUCUUGUCAUUGUUUAUAUUUUUCUACCUGUGUCGUGUAUUCCAAAAAUCACUAUAAUUAAAUUGCAUUAUCAGUAGUUAUUAGUAUAAUGACAUUGUUUAUGUAGUAAUAGUUGGUCAACGCAACGAAUAAAUUUGUUUGAAUCAAAUUGCGACAGCCACCAGAUGUUACCACCAUUUCUGUCAGGGCUGCAAAUGUCACGCGUAACUGCGAUAAAUUCAAAAUGCAUAGACACCAAGUUGGAUACGGCCCUAUUCAUGCCACGCCAACUCGUAUACAUAUUAAGAAAAAUAAAUACAUAUAUGGAAGAAAUAUAUUUAGAAAUUAAAUGAAUGAUGUCAUGCUGGAUUAACAUUUGACUGUGUACACUGGACAGUUUUGUGAAAAGUUCUACAUGAGAUGGGGGUUCCUGAUCAUCUGUCAGCUCUGGUGAAGAGCCUAUAUGAGAACAGUGAAACCAGAAUAAGAAUUGAAAACCAUAAGUCCGAUCCUUUUAAAAUAGGUAGAGGAGUCCGACAAGGAUGUAUUCUAUCUCCAAGUAUUUUUAAUUUCUAUGGGGAAUAUAUAAUGAGAAAAGCACUCGACAAAUGGAAUGGCGGUAUUUCUAUCGCAGUAAAGAUCUCAAAUCUCAGAUAUGCAGAAGAUACAACAUUAAUAACUGCACCCGAAGAAGAAAUGUCCAGCCUGCUGCAGCUAGUGGAAGCCGAAAGCAAUAGAUGUGGUCUCAAGAUCAAUAAACAAAAAUUAUGAUAGUAGAUUAUUCAAAUUCACUUCAGACAACAGGAGCCUUAGACCAGUUUGAAGUGGUUAACGAGUUCAAUUAUCUAUUGUAAAAAAGAAAUACGUAGGAGAAUAGGCAUGGCCAAAAACGAUAUGAGUCGAUUAUCGAAAAUCUGGAAAGAUCGCUCCUUGUCGAAGAACACCAAAAUAAGAUUAGUACGUGCCUUAAUUUUUCCCAUACUUAAUUACGGAUCCGAAACAUGGACAAUGAAAUCGGACGACAGAAAAAGGAUUGACGCCUUUGAAAUGUGGUGCUGGAGAAGAAUGCUUCGGAUCUCAUGGACGGAACACAGAACAAAUCACUCAAUCCUCCGAGAGCUUAAUAUUCAGACUCGACUUUCCUCUAUUUGCCUCUCCACCGUCUUACAAUUUUUCGGCCAUAUUGCAAGAGGAAGUGAUGAUAAUCUUGAGAGACUUAUAAUUUCGGGAAACGUUGAAGGGCGCAGAAGUAGAGGUCGCUCACCUACUCGAGUGACGGAUCAAGUACAGAAAGCCAGUGGAAAAACUUUAUCUGAAUCCAUGAGGGAAGCUCAGGACAGAAGCCAAUGGAAAGAUAUAGUUGCUCGUAUUAUAGGGAAUCACGACACUCAGAAAUGAGGAAACGACUGAGGAGGAGGAGGAGAUCAUGCUAUUAUAUGCAUAAUGUAUAGUAGCGUGACAUCCUUAAUUUAAUUUCUAAAUAUAUUCUUCCAUAUAUUUAUUUUUCUUAAUAUGUAUGCGAGUUGGUGUGUUAUGAAUAGGAUCGUAUCCAACUUGGUGUCUAUGGAUUUUGUAUUUAUCGCUACCCGACAUUGCAACCCUGAUAGAAAUGGUGGUGACAUCUAGUGACUGGCUCAAUUAGAAUCAAACAAAUUUACUCGUUGCGUUGACCAACUAUUACUAUAUAAACAAUGAUAAUGAUAUAACAUUUAACUAUGAAGUAUUUAGAGAUUUUAAGAUUUAAAAUUCGUAAAUCGGUGUAAUCUUUAAAUGUUCAUGUUUGUUUGUUAUGAGAUAUACAGUUAGUGUCGGUUAUUUUAUUAGAGAGACACUCUGUAUCAAACUUUACGCUUUCUGUACAUUUUAGUCAAUCCUACUAUUAAAACAAAAUCAAAACAUAUGUAUAUUUUCUUGUUUAAGUUAACGGUAUGAGUCAUUACCAAUUCAAAUCAAGCCACUUCCUUUGAACGAUUUUUCUAUAAAAAUACCUUAAGAAAUAAUUAAUUAACUUUUUUACAUUUCUUCUUCUAGUGCCGACUCCAUUAAUGAAAGUUGGCUAUAGUUGUUCCAUUAUAUCUUUGCACAAACGUCAUUAUUCAUUUGCAAACAAGUUAAAUCAAAACAUUAAGUGAAACGUAAUAUGGAAUGUCAAUUCCAAUUACCAAAUACCUCAGGAACAAGCGGGGUUUGUAAAGGGUAAAGGUACAAGGGAACAAAUCCUGAACCUGAGACAACUCAUUGAAAAGUCUAGAGACUUUCAAGUAGGUAUGAUUAUAUGCUUCGUUGACUACCAAAAAGCAUUUGAUUGUGUAAGCUGGAUAAAUCUGUGGUCAAUUUUAAUAGAAAUGGGCGCACAAUGCACCUGGUGACACUUAUUAAAAAUCUGUACCAGUCUAAUAUAGCGACAGCACGACUAGAUCAGAAAUUCUCAAACCAAUUCAAGACCGAUAGGAUGCGUGUUGUCACCCGACUUAUUUAACAUUUAUGGUGAACAUGUCAUGAGGAUGGUUUUAGGAGGAUGGGCCGGUGGAGUAACAGUAGCUGGUAGGAAGAUCUCCAAUUUAAGAUUUGCUGAUGACACUACACUUAUAGCAGCAAAUGAGCAAGAAAUGGUUGAUCUUCUGCGAAGAGUUGAGUACGAAGGCAAUAAAGUUGGUCUGAAAAUCAAUAAAGCUAAGACAAAAAUAAUGGUGGUCGACAGAUUCGACACUAUCCAACUGACUAACAUGUUACAGGAAUACCAGAUAGUAAACACCUUUGCCUAUCUCGGGUCUAGUAUUACUAACGAUGGUAACUGUGAAGCAGAAGUUCGGAGACGUAUUUGUAUGGCAAAAAAUGCGAUGAGUCGCCUAACUAAAGUUUGGAAAGACAGAUCUAUCUCUCAAAAUAUCAAGAUGAGACUGGUGAAUGCCCUUGUAUUCUCAAUAUUGGAAGAAAUCACGAUCCUCAGUAAUGGGGAAACGACAAAAGAGAGAGAGAGAGAGAGAGAGAGAGAGAGAGAGAGAGAGAGAGAGAGAGAGAGAGAGAGAGAGAGAGAGAGAGAGAAUAUGGAAUGUACUGCCUUGAAAUACAUUAGGAAAUGGCUUUUAUCGGUUGAAAUAUUUUAUAAAGUUAUAUUGUACAUUUAUAGUUCUUACUUAUCAUUUCUAAGUAUGUGUUUUAAAUAUGCUGUCUUUCGCCUUUUAAUGGUGGUCAAAACUUCUUUGUCUCUUCCCAUUCUGUACAACACUAUUUCGUUCGUAAUACGAACGGUCCAUGGUAUUUUUAAAAUUUUCCUAAAAAGCCACAUCUCAAAAGCUUCCAGCUUUUUGACAACAUAAAGAAGAAUAGAGUGGAUAUAACAUUUUACCAUCCGAUAUCGGAUUUUCUGAUUGAGUCUUUGGUUACUCAGAAAUUUCCUCAUCUUCAAAGAAGCUGUUCUUGAUUGCUGUGUUCUUGAAUGGAUUUCUGAUUUCGGAUUUAGAUCUUCCGUAAUCUAGACUUUUAAGUAUUUAAUUUUGUUCACUUAUUGUUCAACUGCACUUGUCCCUACUCGAAUUAGCAAUUACAGAUGUAUUGGACCGCAAUAGACAGCCAACAAAAGAGAAAAGUGUUGUUUCUCAAAGACAAUGCACCGAACACAAAUUGUUGGACUUUGUUCUCAAGUUUGAAGAGAUGGCUCGUAAAUAGAAUCUUCAAUUCGAACGAAGAGAUAAUUGACGAAACAAACACCCAUUUUGCAGAACUUCCCGAAUCCUAUUAUUCGAACUAAAAACAUGUUUUUCAUUUCAAAGGAGGUUAUUUAUCAAACCAUCUACUAUCUACCUAUUGGGCAGUGGUCUUUCUAACAUCAAUUUAGUAACAAUACCCACCUUAAAAAUUUUUACGUAACAAAAACGCCUAUAGAUUUUUUAAAUGUAAUUAUUUAUAUUUAUUUAUAUGUUUGUAAAAUGUUGUGACCACAAUCGUUUAGUGGGCGUGUAUAGAACCAAGUUAAAAAAAAUUCGCGGAAAAACUGUAAAAAAAAUGACAUGAGAAAACUGAAAUGUAAGGAAGUAAAAGAAAUAGUCAGCAAAACAUUAAAUAGAAAAUUCAAAGAAAUCGAUAAUACAACGGAAAGCACAGAAGAUAAGAUAAAAUUCCGUAAUAAAACGAUAGACGACAUUAAAGACAAUUUUAUGAAGAACGAAGAAGGUAAGAAUAAGACAUAGAUGAUGACAGAGAUUCUGCAACUAAUGGAAGAAAGAAGGAAAAACAAGAACGGUAACUCCAUUUAUAAAACAUUACAGCGAGAGAUAUGGAGAAAGAUCAGAGAAGCCAAACAGAAAGAACUGGAGAAAAAAUGCCAAAAAUCGAAAUUCUGCAAAGUAAAUAAGACGACUUCAACGUGCAUAAGAAGGUAAGAGAAAUUACAGGCAAAUGUAAAAACAGAAGAAUAAGAAAACUUGUUAAUGACAAUGGAGAGAUAAUCGUGGACAAAGAGAGUAUCAAUAAUGCCUGGAAAAAUACAAAAACAGGACCACCUAUUCUAGUGGCAGAAAUAAGAGCAGCCAUAAUAUCACUAAAAGAAGGUAGAGCUCCAGGACUAGACGGAGUACAAUCUGAAUUUCUUAAACUCCUUGAUGAUGAAUCUUUACGAAUACUAUGUAAAAUCUUCAAUAAUAUCUAUAACACAGGCAAUAUUCCAAAAGAUUGGCUAGUUUCAGAAUUUAUUACCUUACCAAAGAAUCAGGGAGCAAAAAAGUGCAGAGAAUAUAGGCUAAUAAGUCUAAUGAGCCAUGCAUUAAAACUUCUUCUUAAAAUUAUACAUCGUAGAAUAUACAAGCUAUGCGAAGAGAGAAUACAAGACACACAGUUUGGAUUCACGAAAGGCGUAGGUACAAGAGAUGCACUGUUUAGUCUACAGGUUUUAUUUCAAAGAUGCAGAGGUAUGACUUGCGAUAUUUACACCUGCUUUGUGGACUACCAAAAAGCAUUUGAUACAGUUCAACACCGAAAAAUGAUGGAUGUUUUAACAAAAACCCAAAUGGAUGAUAAAGGCCGACGUAUAAUACAAAAUUUAUACUGGAACCCAUCAGCCACAAUAAGAACGAAUCUUGGAGGUGAACCAACGGAAGCAAUCCAGAUUCUACGAGGCGUUAGACAAGGUUGUAUACUUUCACCUAUAUUAUUUAACGUAUAUUCAGAGGAAAUAUUUAGUGAAGCCUUGGAAAUUGCGAACAUGGAAUACUUCUAAAUGGAGAACUCCUAAACAACAUCCGCUAUGCAGACGACAUCGUUAUUUUUGCAGACAGUUUGAACAGUUUACAGCAACUAAUAAACAAAGUAAAUGAAGUAAGUGAAAGAUUUGGACUUAAGUAAAUAUAUCAAAAACUAAAUUUGUGAUCAUCAGCAAAAAUAAAAUUAGAGACGCCCAACUACUUAUUAAUAAUACACCAGUGGACCGAGUAAAACAGUAUAACUAUCUUGGAACAAUAGUAAACGAACAAUGGGAUCACUCACAAGAAAUAGAAUGUAGAAUAGAGAAGGCUAGGAGUGCAUUCAAUAACAUGGCCAAACUCUUUAAAAGCCACAACCUUAAUCUGGAGAUAAAAAUAAGGCUCCUACGAUGUUAUAUCUUCUCAAUAUUGUAUUACGGAGUUGAAUCCUGUACACUCACUGAAGCAAUGGAGAAAAAACUUAAAGCCUUCGAGAUGUGGCUAUACACGCGAAUCCUAAGGAUAUCAUGGACGGACAAGAUAACCAACGAGACCGUAUUACGAAGAGUGGGCAAAGAAAGAAAGGUGAUGUAUACCAUAAAAAGGAGAAAGUUAGAAUAUCUCGGACACAUAAUGAGAAACGGCGCUAAAUACAGUUUACUGAAGGUAAAGUAAAGUAACGGUAAGGUAUUCGGGUAUACUUCAAGGUAAAGUAUUCGGAAAGCGAGGAAUUGGGAGAAGAAGAAUAUCAUUGUUAAAGAACCUGAGGAAAUGGUUCUUCACAACAGCAACUAAUCUAUUUAAAGCAUCAGUUAAUGAAAUAAUUAUAGCCAGAAUGAUCGCCAAUAUUCGAAACGAAUAGGUACUAAAAGAAGAAGAAAAUGUUGUGCAUUGGCCGUAUACAGUAACCGCCACACUACUAGACACACGGGUACAUUGAGCUAAUACAGUCCUGGGCCCUUCACUUGUUGCACCGUUUACUUUUAUGUCUAGUGACGUCUAGAACGUCAGAAAAUGUAUAGAAACCAAUAUAAACAUACAAAGUUGACAGUUUAUAGAAGAGUUUUAUUUGAAGUUUAUAUUUAUUUGUCAUUGUGUUAAAGUUGUAAAAGUUAUAAAGUAUUGUAAUUUUGUUGGUGUUUGAAUAAAGUUUUUUUUUAAAGCAAACUAACAAUAGUAUCUAUUAAUUAGUGUAUUUUUUGUAUGGAAAAACAAGUAUUUUGAAUAGUUUCAUGACAGACAUGAAAGUCGCAGGUGAGAACGGACCGGAUUAGCCCACGCCUAGAAAUUAGAUACCCGUUUGUCUACUAGCGUGACGCUUACUGUUUAAUAGACGUUCAGGUGGAGUAGAACUUGGUUAGAAUGAUACUUGAUAGAUAACAUGAAGUUGUGUUAAAUUCGAAUUUCGAAUCUUGUUUUUUUUAAGUAUUUCUUAACGUCCAAAUUAUAUAAAAAGUAUUUAAAGUAUUCGACAAUAAGAUAUGUUAAUUUAGUGUCAUAAAAAUCCACUUUAGUAUAUUUAUUUUUGACAAAAAGUGAUUUAAAAUGUACUUAAUAUUUAUGAUUGUUCAGCAUUAUAGGAAACCGCUGAACUUAGAUUACUUCGUUGGCUAAAUGGAUGGUUAUUAAAGUAGUAGAGUAAAGCAAUAAAAUGCAUGUCAUGUUUGAAUGAAAAAGUAUAUGAACAAUAUUUUUAAAACAUUCUCUGUUUAUAUUUUGUUCUUGGUUUCUAUCCUUGUGGGAUCGGUACUCACCGAAGGGACCGCAGACGUUCGGAUACAAUAAGCGUCUCGUUGUAAAGACAAUGAAGUCGGCUUUACGAAGUAACAAGACGUUUACUCAACAAACACACUACAAAUUAACUUACAUAAUAACAUUAUCAAUGAAAACAACCAUUCAUUCGUCAUUUUCCACAGUAGUGGAAUAUGUUGAAAUACUUGCUACACUUUGACUCUGAACAGGUUCAACUUUAUGAAUUUGUAUGGUAACGUGUGAUCCAAAAUUAUUGUCACCAUAGGUGGCUCUGAACGACAGAGAUAGCUAUACAGUGCAUGUCUAUUAUUAAUUCAGAUAUACUUUACAGUUUACGUCAACUUUGACAGAUACUUGCCAGUGUACGUAUGUCAACUUAAAAAACACUAUAAUUGAACAUAAAAAGUAGCAGAGGAAGCAAAAUUUUAAAUUUAUACGAAUUAAAAGGUCUUGAGAUUGGGUAUCUUUUCAACGUGUUUUCAAUCUUUAUUCUUUGUUUGGAAAAGUGAUCAUAACAACACUGAAUAUAGCCGCAGUUGGCCGUGACGUCACACUCCGGCGGUCCUUCAGAUUAAAACAAGACAUACGUAAUUUUUUGCACGGAUAGCUUUGAUCAGAGUAAUAGGGAUGUUCACUAAUUUUUAAAUAUAGUUAAAUUCAAUAGAUUAUAAGGUAUAUAAAAACGUAACAAUCAUAAAACUGUUUAAAAAUGUAUAUUUUUUAAGAUAAAUGAGUUCAUAAUGUUGAUUUUCUUGGAGGCUAGAAAAACGGUACCCUGCAGCGAGGCUACGGUUUGUGACGUCAGCAGUCGUAUCGUCUUUGAUCGACGACUAGUUUUGUACUUAUUUACGAAGUGUAUUUGAAUGUGUGUAGUUCUUUACGUAUUUAAUUAGUAAAAAUGAAACCAAAUAAGUGUGUUUUGUUCCUUGGUAUGUAAAUACCUCUAAAAACAAUUCUGACAAGAUUUUUAUUACAGUUCCAGCUAAUUUAAAUCGUAAAAAGAAACGUAAAAAAGAAGUA